AUGUCUAUCCAGGACCGCACCACGGAGUUCCACGCCCUGACAACGUCGGCGAGCAAGAAGCUGAGUAGGAAUAAUCCGAGCUCUGCGCAUGCGCGGUUACUCAGCAACGGCAAGGGAGAGGAGAAACCACGGCGGCAGGGAGGAAGAGGGGAGUUUGCGAGGAGGGCCAUGGAUAUUGGGAGGGCGAUUACAGACACCAUGGGGAAGUUGGAGAGGUUGGCGAUGUUGGCCAAACGCAAAGCCCUCUUCGACGAUAAGCCCGUAGAGAUCGCCGAACUCACCUAUGUCAUCAAGCAAGACCUCUCGUCCAUCAACGCCCAAAUCUCCUCCCUGCAAGCCCUCACCCGCUCAAAGUCCAUAAACGGCAAAUCCGAAGAAGGCGAGCACUCCAAGAACGUCGUCGUCAUGCUCCAGGGCAAGCUCGCCGACGUCUCGGUCGGCUUCAAGGAGGUGCUCGAAGUGCGCACCAAGAACAUCCAAGCCUCGCGCCACCGCACCGACCAGUUCGUCUCGAACGUGCGCUCCAACUCCGCAGAUCGUAGGAACACCCCCCGAACCCCUGCUUCUGCCCCCCUCCCGUCCUCCUCGUCCAGUAUGGGCUUCUCGUCUUCAUCCGCUUAUCAUCCUGCCACAGCAAACAACAUGCCGUCCUACCACUCGCCGCUCUACGCCACGCCCUCGAGCACGCCGCGGCCGGCGACGCAGCCCGACCUGCUCUCGCUCGACCCGACGCCGGCCGCGGCGUCCGCGAUGAAUGCGCAGCAGCUGGCGCUCAUGGAGGAGGGGUCCGCGGCGAAUUCGUACAUCUCGGCGAGGUCGGAGGCGAUCGAGGCGAUUGAGAAGACGAUCACGGAGCUGGGCGGUAUCUUUAGUCAGUUGGCGCAGAUGGUGGGCGAGCAGAGCGAGAUGAUCCAGAGGAUUGACCAUGAGACGGAGGAUGUGGUGGCCAACGUGGAGGGUGGGCAGCGGGAGCUGUUGAAAUACUGGGCGAGGUUUUGA